UGGAGUAGGAAAAUAGGAAAUAGGAAAUAGGAAAUACGUAGGAAAUAGGAAAACAAAUAAAAAGUCGCACUAUAUUCUCGUUAGCGUCAAGAAGAAGAAGCAGCAGCUGAACCAGAGGAAAUUAGGGGGAGAAAAAAAAAAAUCUGAUUCUUGAACAAUGGCUUCGAAACGGAUCUUGAAGGAGCUAAAGGAUUUGCAGAAAGAUCCGCCCACUUCCUGCAGCGCAGGACCUGUUGGUGAAGACAUGUUUCACUGGCAAGCCACCAUAAUGGGUCCACAAGAUAGUCCUUAUGCAGGAGGAGUGUUUUUAGUCACCAUUCAUUUCCCCCCUGAUUACCCAUUCAAACCACCAAAGGUGGCAUUCAGGACGAAAGUUUUUCACCCCAAUAUUAACAGCAAUGGGAGCAUUUGCCUCGAUAUCUUGAAAGAACAGUGGAGUCCUGCCUUGACAAUUUCCAAGGUGUUGCUCUCAAUCUGUUCACUUUUGACGGACCCUAACCCCGAUGACCCUCUGGUGCCUGAAAUCGCACACAUGUACAAGACAGAUAGGUCCAAGUACGAGCAGACUGCUAGGAGCUGGACCCAGAAGUACGCGAUGGGUUAGUCUGAGAUGCCCUCCCGAUGGCUUAGAUUUGCAUUUAUGUACAAAUUAUAUCGUUCUUGGCCAUGUUCUUGGUUCGGACCCUGGUAAGAAGAGCUUGAAACUGUCAAGCAAUGGUGGUUUGAAUUGUUCAUAUGGAAUGUGUAUUCAAGAAUGACUGGAUUUCGUCAAUUGAUCUUUUCUUUUCUUUUCUUUUUUAAUCUGAAACUGGAUUUGGUUCAUUGAUCUUGUUUGAUCAAUUUACUCACUAGUUAUUACUAUAACAUAUCUGUGUGAACCUA